GUAACACCAUUCUCACCAGUAAACUACAAAAUAACCUUAAGAAUGGCGUCGAAUCUUAGACCAGUGUUGGCUUAUAUAGUUAUUUAUGUAAAGGACGUAGCGAAAUCCGUAACGUUCUACGAAAAAGCUUUCGGUUUCAGUGUUCGCCGCUUGGACAAAUCCCACAGGUGGGGAGAGCUAGAGAGUGGGCAGAGCACCAUAGCCUUUACUCCGCUACAUCAGCAUGAAACAGAUGAGGUGACAGGAUCGGUCCAAACCGCAGCCGGGUCUCACGGUGAGAGACAACCUGUCGAGGUUUGCUUUGCCUUCUCGGACGUUGAUGCUGCUUACAAGAAAGCAAUAGAGAACGGCGCCGUAUCAGUGAGCGAGCCAGAAGAAAAGGAAUGGGGCCAAAAAGUCGGGUACGUAAGAGAUAUCAAUGGGAUUGUUGUCCGAAUGGGGAGUCACGUUCAAUCACCCAAGCAUGACUGAUUCAUUUCAAUAGCACCCUCUUUAUGUAUAUCUGUAAUGUCUUUAGUCAAAAAUAAAGUCUUCUUCGAGGCUUUUUCCCGUCGUACUUGAAACUGUACCUUGUGUUGUGUAUCUGUGGAUAUACCUUUACUGGAUAAAGGUCGAGUCUCUUUAAUGAGUUUGCGACUCUAAUUAAAUACAGAGCUUUAACUUCCACUAGGUAAUACUGUAAUAAAUUACAUACGAAGCAACGUCAAAGAGGAAUGGGAUGAAAAUUAGGCCCAUUGGUAACAAUAUUUGGUAAAGAUCAAAUGAAUGUGGACAAUGAAGGGUACACACUAAUAGGUUUUAAGAUCAAUUGAAUAUGGACUUAAAAUGUGAAACACAAAACCCCACUUUGCCUAUCACGGCCGGUUGUUUCAAAAAUGACAUCUGAUCGAGAAAGUACUUCAAACAUCUAAAGAUUCUAAACAAAAGCGGUCAAAAACAGAGAAUGGGUUUAUGACAAGAACACUUCGUUGCCAAGCACUAAUGAAAACGCUUUGAAUACAAAGAUGUCUCCAGUCAUAGCAAAUACUGUGACAUAAAGAGAAAAAAGAAAAACAAAUGUAAAAAUAAAAUAACAAAAUAGGUAAAGAAAAAGUAAAAGAGAUUGAUGCCAGAAUUCAAUGGCAUGCUACAUGGACCAACCCCAAGGCAAGGCAGUAGUCACCAAGCCAAUUAAUUAGUACAAGCUUUUAGCCCCCAAGCAAGAAUAGGAAACGCCUUGAAUGGUGAAUCACAACAUUUCUUGCGACUUUCUCACACAUCGGCUGACCUUUUUCUUGAACUCCUCUCUCCUAUCUCUCCAUUCCUUC